AACCUCAAUUUAUAAACACUCUAGAAUAAGCCUCAGCACAAGAUUCACACACUCACUCCUGUCACUUCCCUACACUCCUGCAUGGCCAAACCACUAUAUCUAGAGGAAGAUUACAAACCAAAAGAUUAUACCCCUAAAGCCAAAAGUCUAUCCUUCUUUGCCUCUAUUUUUUCCCUUUUCAUCUACAUAUGUGUCUUCUAUACCUUCAACCUAUCUCCCUAUUCUCUCCUCAACAACAACAUCUUUUGGUUUUUCAUGUCCAAUACCCUCAUUCUCAUCAUUGCUGCUGACUAUGGAGCAUCCUCUUCAAACAAACAUAAACAAGAUCUCUAUGAAGAGUAUGUGCAACAUAGUCAAGCAAGAAACUGUGUCUCGUCAUCAUACGUGCCCAAAUAUGAUCAUGAACAAUUUGAUAAAGAAUGCAUUUAUCCCAAACAAGAGCAAGGUAGUGAGCUGAUAGAGAAAAAGAAAGAAACUAUUUCUGAUCAAGAUAUCAUCCCAGAACGUGUACUUGGAAUUGUGACAGUACUCAAUCAACCUAAUAAACCUAGUGAGUGCUCCAAUGAGAAAAAGCCAACACUUCACUUGCAAGUAGAUGAUGGCAGUGAAAAAUUUGAGGAGAUCAAAGCAGUGCCUACUAGAAUUUACCGGCGAAGUAAAUCUGAUAGACCCAAUAGAGCCAAGCAUGUGGUGAGUGAGGAGAGGGUGAACAAGGUGCAAAGGUCAGAGACUAAGAAGGUAGAAGCAAAUGUUGUUGAAGAAGAAAAUGAGUUUUCUAUGAUGUCAAAUGAGGAUCUUAAUAGGAGGAUAGAGGACUUUAUUCAGAAAUUUAGAUCUCAAGCAACUAGAAAUUAAUGUCUAUCAAAAUUAGAAGAUCUACCAAGUUUUAGAAUCUAUAGACUAUAAUAUUCCAAAAAUUUUGUCUUGUAUCUUCUGUACUUGUUUUAUAUAUAUGUUGAAUAGCCUAGUCUUAUAUUUUCUC